CACGCCAAAGGCCAAGGGGCGGGCUUGACUCUGCGGAAGAGCGAGGAUAGACCCAGGCCCAAGCGGAGCUCUCUGGGAUAGCUGGCGACUAGCAGGAUGGGCAGCAGCUCGCUGUCGGAGGAUUAUCGCCUGUGCCUGGAGCGCGAGCUGCGGCGCGGCCGCGCGGGGGUCUGCGGCGACCCCUCGCUGCGCGCGGUGCUCUGGCAGAUUCUGGUGGAGGACUUCGACCUGCACGGGGCGCUGCAGGACGACGCGCUGGCGUUGUUCACUGAUGGCCUGUGGGGCCGAGCUGACCUGGCACCAGCCCUCCGCGACCUGGCCCGCGCCUUCGAGCUCCUGGAGCUGGCCGCCGUGCACCUGUACCUGCUGCCCUGGAGAAAGGAGUUCACCACUAUCAAGACCUUCUCAGGGGGCUAUGUGCACGUGCUGAAGGGGGUACUCUCUGAAGAACUCCUGACUCGAAGCUUCCAGAAGAUGGGCUACGUGCGCAGGGACAACCACCGCCUAAUGGUGACCACCCCGCCCCCUGCCUGCCAGCUGAUACAGGUGGCCCUGGGCUGCUUUGCCCUCCGGCUGGAGUGUGAGAUCCUAGGUGAGGUGCUGACUCAGCUGGGUACCAGCGUGCUUCCGGCUGAGGAGCUGCUCCGAGCCCGCCGGGCUAGUGGGGACGUAGCCUCCUGUGUAGCCUGGCUGCAGCAGCGGCUGGCCCAAGAUGAGGAGCCACCACCCCUGCCCCCUCGGGGCACGUCUGCCGCUUACGGGGCCUCGGUGGACCUGUAUCAGGACCUGCAGGAAGAUGAGAGCUCAGAGGCCAGUCUGUACGGUGAGCCUUCCCCGGGGCUGGACUCGCCUCCUGUGGAACUGGCUUACAGGCCACCACUCUGGGAGCAGAGUGCCAAACUAUGGGGCUCUGGAAGCCAGCCCUGGGAAGCACCAGCUGAUGAUAUGCAUCGGGCCAGUAGCCCGCCAUAUGGGGCUCUGGAAGAGGAGCUGGAGCCAGAACCCUCUGCUUUCUCCUUCCUCUCUCUGCGCCGUGAGCUGAGUCAGUCAGGGGACUUAGCUCCUCCAGAAUCCCCUUCGAGCCCUGGGCAAGCCAGCCCCCGACACAGGCAAGCAGAAGGAGCAGCACCCUCGGCCUAUGGGCCUGCUGUGGAGCCUUUGAGCUACCAGGCACACAGUUGCCUGAGCCCUGGCAACCUGCCCACCCUUUGCUGUGACACCUGUCGCCAGCUACACGCCACCCACUGCACAGCCCUCUCUGCCUGCCGCCCAACUCAUUCACUGCGCAUACUUCUUGGUGACAACCAGAGACGCCUGUGGCUGCAACGAGCACAGGUGGAUAACCUGCUCUAUGACAGUUCUGGGGCCCAUCCCUAGGCCCAGAUGGACCCCAAGAGUUUUGGGGACCGUUUCCAUGGUGCUUCUUUUGGAAAAGGGCCCAGGCCACUGGCUGGCCCUCCUAUUCCCCAGGGGAGUCCGGGACCUGCAGCUGAAAGAGGGUAGAGCCUUCACAGAAGGCUCUUGCCUGGUGCUGUCUCGCCUGGUGCAGCAGGCCGAGCUCAGUCAACAAGAUCCUUCCCUCAUGUCCCUAUCCUCAUGCCCAGAUGAGCUGGGUGGACACGUCCAGGUUCUCUUGUGUUAUAGUACCCAAACUCAGAGGGACUCCGCCCUCCCAACUGCCUGAGGCUCCCUACCUGAUCCCUGUAGACUGUGGUUGAGGAUGUGUAUGUCCCUCUCUCCACGUGCAGAAAAAUCCUCACCCUGGAACUUGCAGGUGACAUGGAAUCCCCGAGUUAGCUUUGGGCCAUGUGGGAGGGUCUGACAGAGCAGAGCUUGCUUAGCUGUGAGGACCCCGGUUCACCUCUGCUGUUACCAAGGAGGCACAGAACUGCAAAAAUGGUAGGAGGCGCAUUCGCAGGCAGUGGGAGGAACUGUCCCCCUACCCAGCAGGAAUGAUUCUCAGCCAUCAGCUGCCUACCCGCCAAAGGGGAGGUGAGCAUGUACAGGCCAAAAAGCAGCCCACACCCACAUAGCUCAUUCUGGGUACAGUUAACCAGAUAUACCCUCAUCGCCCAGGGGGUGGCCCAGGACCCCUCAUUGGGGUCCCUAAACUGCUAAUGUUCAGGAAGGGUUGGGUUUUCAUCAACCACUUGGAGGCUCAGGCAGAGAUCACCACUCUGCAACACUUCCUCUGGUGUCACCGUCAAUCAAGCCUGUUCCUUCUCCUCAUGCAGGCCCUCAGAGGACACUGUCCCCCUCAGCCAACCCUGUUCCUUCUCCUCAUGCAGGCCCUCAGAGGACACUGUCUAUGUUGCAUGGAUCGAAACCCCACAGUACAUUAAAGGAUUGCCAAACUGUC